UUCAUUCGCCGGAUUGCUUAUCGUUCGCGAGAAAAACAAAAAUGUACGGCGGAAAAACUCCCCAGGAGCUGCUGUCGGGAUCGUUUUCCAAGUCCUGGCUGCACGAUAAGUGGGCACCGCUCGUCGGCAGUGUAUUCGGAUUCCUUGGCGCCUGCUACGUGAACUAUGGCACCGGUCGUCCCCCAUUGAGCGGUAUCCAGAAGCAUAUUCUUGCCGCGCUAGCGGUCGGUGCGACGGCCACCAUGGUGGACAAGUGGCGCGAGGCCCACUUUGCCGAAAAAGAUGCUACUCUCCGCCACUACAUCCAACUGCAUCCCGAGGAUUUCCCGACGCCCGAACGCAAAAAGUUCGCUGAUGUGCUUGAACACUGGCAGCCGAUUCGUUAGGUAAACUUUCUCAUUACAUUGGCCCGUUAACGAUGGAACCGCACCGUCGUGCUGGUGGUGGCUUUUGUGUAGCGUGAAUGUAAAUAAAAAAUACACA